UAAGAAGAAGACCUAUCAGCUGAUGCAUGCAAAACAAUCGGUAAUACGCGGAUUUUUGCAGCAGUGAUGGCAUUGAAUAAUUUAAAAAAGUUUCAUGUUUCAUUGAAAAUUUUAAAUACCCGAGGAUUAUUGCGCUCACUUAAUCAGUCAAUUCGCGAACAACCGCAAACAAGAAGCUAUGGCGAUGAAAACAACAACAACAAUAAAGGAAAUUCGCAGGACUAUCGAAGAAAGUCUUGCAGAUCCAGCUUCCUGCCAAUUGCCACUAUUACUGCAGUAUCUGCAUACCUAGCAUACGAUCACAGGAAGUCUAUUAUACCACAUGUGUCUGCUUUUACAUUGCCCCCACUGUCUGGACGUCGCAACCAAUAUAAUUUCCUUGCGGACGUUGUACAUGCAUGCGCACCGUCAGUGGUGUACAUAGAGAUAAAGGACAUGCGACAGUUUGAUUACUAUACCGGCAAACCCGUCACGGCUUCAAAUGGCUCUGGAUUCAUAAUCGAUUCCGAUGGACUCAUAUUGACAAAUGCCCAUGUUGUCAUCAAUAAGCCACACACAAUGGUACAGGUAAGGCUAAACGACGGACGGAUAUUUCCUGGCGUAGUGGAAGAUAUAGACCAAACAUCAGAUCUGGCCACAGUGCGUAUCGAUUGUAAAAAUUUGCCAGUAAUGGCACUUGGGCAAAGUUCUACACUGCGUUCAGGCGAAUGGGUUGUGGCGCUGGGUAGUCCAUUGGCAUUGAGUAACACAGUGACUGCUGGCGUAGUUAGUUCAACACAACGUCCCUCACAAGAAUUGGGGCUAAAAAAUCGUGAUAUAAAUUAUAUACAAACGGAUGCUGCUAUUACAUUUGGAAAUUCGGGCGGCCCACUAGUGAACUUAGAUGGCGAAGCUAUUGGGGUUAACUCAAUGAAAGUCACCGCAGGAAUUAGUUUUGCCAUACCCAUUGACUAUGUUAAACUAUUUCUUAAAAGAGCUGCAGAACGACGCAAACAAGGUGUCAGCAGGAUGGAUUAUCCUGCCAAACGCUAUAUGGGCAUAACAAUGCUGACACUAACUCCCGACAUACUCUUCGAACUAAAAAAUCGGACGCAAAAUGUACCCAGCGACCUGCAACAUGGCGUGCUUGUGUGGAAAGUAAUCAUUGGCUCGCCGGCGCAUACUGGCGGUCUCUAUCCUGGUGAUAUUGUUACGAAAAUAAAUGACAAGGACAUCAAGAACUCGUCAGAUGUUUAUGAAGCUCUAGCUGAUAAAACAAAAUCGCUCGAUAUAACCAUUUUCCGUGGUAUGAAGAAAAUGACCGUAAAGAUUGUGCCUGAAGAUCCUUAAGAACGGUUUAGUAUAAGACACUGUUGCACUUUACCGCAAAAGAAUUUUGCAAUGUUCUGGUAUGAAAAAACCUUCAAAGUUUAGCCGCACUGCCUACAGAAAGCCAGCUGCUAAAAAGCCGCCGUAAGAAUUAGUUGAUAUUAGAUACAUAUAACAAAAAAAUUUAAUUUAAGGAAGCAUUUCAUGUAAGAAAACAGCCAAACUU